CAGAUCAGCUGAAGUAGAUGCUCAGUGUCUGUCUGUCUUACUGUCUGUGUGUCUGUCUGUCUGUGUGUGUGUGUGACUGACUGUCUGACUGAGUGAAUUUCUCUGUAAACCAAGAAGAGAGAGGAGUGAAAUCAGUGUUUCCAGCAUGAGAAGACAAAGACAUUGACUAAAACAAACGGACAAAUGAUGAAGUGAAAACCCCGACUACGACUCGUCAUGGCGAUCAGGGAGCUCAAAGUUUGUCUCUUAGGGGACACUGGAGUGGGCAAAUCCAGCAUCGUUUGCCGCUUCGUUCAGGAUCGUUUUGACCACAACAUUAGCCCCACAAUAGGGGCGUCAUUCCUGACUAAGACGGUACCAUGUGGUAACGAACUCCACAAAUUUCUCAUCUGGGACACAGCAGGACAGGAGCGGUUUCACUCAUUAGCUCCCAUGUACUACAGAGGAUCAGCUGCUGCUGUCAUUGUCUAUGACAUAACUAAACUGGACUCUUUCCAGACACUGAAGAAGUGGGUGAAGGAGCUGAAGGAGCACGGCCCAGAGGACAUUGUUGUAGCCAUAGCGGGAAACAAAAAUGAUUUAGGAGACAUCAGGGAAGUUCCAAUGAAGGAAGCGAAGGAGUUUGCUGAAUCAAUCGCGGCUAUUUUCAUCGAGACGAGUGCCAGACAUGCCGUCAACAUCGAGGAGCUCUUUCAGAAAAUCAGUAAACAAAUCCCGCCGCUGGAAAACCCCGAGGUGGACAGCAACGAGUCUUUUCAGCUCAGCCGGCAGCCAGCCUCGUCGUCCAGGAGAUGCUGCUAGUCUCGAGAAGACUCCCCUCACCAGCACUAAGUCCACAUGCACACACUGUCGUGCUCCAGGCUGAGACGACACAGUGGACGGACAGACGUCAGCUUGCACAUAUGUAUUUGGUCACCUGCGGCAUGAAGCAGUAUUAUAGAGCUCAGUGGUGGCAGAUGGAGGAGUGGUAAAGUUUGGAAGCAGGAAGUUUUGAGUUUGUCUCCCUCUGGUGGUAUUUAGCCUGAAUUACAUUAAGAUUUCUGUGUAGGUGGUUUCAUAAAACCCAUUAAAAAAUCAAUACACUUGAAUCCUGCCGUUUAUGCUAUAGUAACUGAACUUGAGCUCCAAUUAUUAUAGUGUUGAUACAUUUUUUAAUAUUAGUUAUUUUGAUCUUUUCAAACGAGAGGCUGAUGGGAUCAUGCUGUGCAGCUUAAACGCAGAAGAUGUGUUUUCAUCAUGUGUUGAAAGCACUGCUUCAGAUUAACUGCCCCGCCCCCCGCACCCCGCCCUGUUGAAACACUGUGACCAAUACAAGAAUUGUUUACAUGGUUAUUGUUGCACAAAGAUGUGCUGAAAUGUACUGUCUGAGAUUUCACUACAGGGAAUGACUGUAGACAACUGCCAAUCACAACAAGUAUUUUUUAUCUGGACAAGGAAGUUACGUUAUGAAGUGAGCAGGCUUGCAUGUAUUUUACUUGUCUCUACAGUGGUGUAUUACAUAAUAACCAAACUUAAAAAGAAAAUGUAGAAGUAGUGUCCUUUAAAAGAAAAUGUUACCGUGACAACAGAAAAGUCAUCGAAAACUUCUGGCAUAUAAUGUGGAUUCAUAUUCCCGGGAACAGACCUCCACCAGGGCUCAAAACACAUCCUGCAGCCUGAAAUGUUUACAUUUGGAUUCACUGGAUCCAUCUGUGUGUUAAAGCUGUUACCAUCUUACAUUAACAUGACACAAUUCAAAGUGAUCUGUUUAGAUGUCGCUGAGAUAUACACGACUGAAGCAUACACAAGCCAAAUUUCAUCUAACAAGUAUAAGUGCCUUUGUUGUGUUUUUUUAAAGACGUGUGUAUUACAUUAUUACAUUACAUUACAUGGCUAAAAAAGUGCAUACUGCUAGAAUCGUGCAUGUCUAACUAGUCUAACUGUACAUAUAGCAGUUUGCUGCAGUGAUCCUGUUACACACUGUAUGCCUUAGUCAUGCGCCCCUGCAUUGUCUGUAGACCCAUUUAACUUCUGUAUAUUCAUCAAUGUAAUAAACUUGUACAUCUA